UCGUCACCACCAUUCGCCCACUUCCCCUUUUCUUUGGAUUUCUUGAAAGUUGAAACCCAACGCCCUUGUCACCAACAGUUAGUGCAUACUGGUCUCUUUCUCCAGAGCUCCUGACUCUUAAUUAAAUCUCACAUGGUUUUCCGCCAAAAAGCAAAAUAAACAAAUCCCACUUGAUUGUUCAGUCUUUUCGUCUUCCUCAUUCUAUUCUGACCAUUUUUUGGGAAUCAAGAUUUUCUUCAAGUUUUUAAUCGACUGAAAUUUGUGAAAGGUUCGAAGAAAAAUGUCUUUGAACAUUCCAUCUCCAACAGAAGCCAGUGUCAUCUCUUUCUUGGACACUUCCAAAUCCAACACCCACCUUCUCAAGCUUCAAGGUGGGUUCUCUUUUAAGAGGAAAGAUAGUAAGGUAACAUGUGGAAAGGGGAUCCAAUGCGCGGCGGCGCCACCUCCUUCGGCAUGGCCGGGAACGGCUGCUGUUCAGCCGGGGACUAAGAACUGGAAUGGCCCUAAACCUAUUUCAAUCAUUGGAUCCACUGGUUCCAUUGGGACCCAGACACUAGACAUUGUCGCCGAACACCCAGAUAAAUUCAAAGUUGUAGCACUUGCUGCUGGCUCAAAUGUCACACUUCUUGCAGAUCAGAUCAAAGCUUUCAAACCACAGUUAGUUUCUAUGAAGAACGAGUCGUUGGUUAGUGAACUCAAAGAAGCUUUGUCCGGAGCCGAUUACAUGCCUGAAAUUAUUCCCGGCGACGAAGGUGUUAUUGAGGUUGCCCGUCACCCAGAUUGUGUUACCGUAGUCACCGGAAUAAUGGGUUGUGCUGGUUUAAAGCCGACAGUUGCUGCCAUUGAAGCAGGGAAAAACAUCGCAUUAGCAAAUAAAGAAACCUUAAUCGCCGGAGGUCCCUUUGUUCUUCCUCUUGCACAUAAGCAUAACGUUAAGAUUCUUCCUGCAGAUUCAGAACAUUCUGCUAUAUUUCAGUGUAUACAAGGCUUCCCUGAAGGUGCUCUAAGGCGUAUAAUCUUAACUGCAUCUGGAGGUGCUUUCAGGGACUGGCCUGUUGAAAAACUGAAAGAGGUUAAAGUUGCAGAUGCGUUAAAGCAUCCAAACUGGAGCAUGGGGAAAAAGAUCACAGUCGACUCUGCCACACUCUUCAACAAAGGUCUUGAAGUUAUUGAAGCUCAUUAUCUUUAUGGAUGUGAUUAUGACGACAUUGACAUCGUUAUUCACCCUCAAUCUAUCAUCCAUUCCAUGGUCGAGACACAGGACUCGUCGGUCUUGGCACAACUAGGAUGGCCCGACAUGCGGUUGCCGAUCCUAUAUACAUUGUCAUGGCCCGAUAGAAUACACUGCUCUGAGAUUACAUGGCCCCGCCUCGAUCUUUGCAAGUUGGGAUCGUUGACAUUCAAAGCUCCAGACAAUGUGAAAUACCCGUCGAUGGAUUUGGCUUAUGCCGCCGGGCGAGCUGGUGGUACGAUGACCGGAGUUCUUAGUGCCGCCAAUGAGAAAGCGGUUGAAAUGUUCAUUGAUGAAAAGAUUAGCUACUUGGAUAUAUUCAAGGUGGUGGAGUUGACUUGUGAGAAGCAUCAAUCAGAGUUGGUGACAGCGCCUUCACUUGAGGAAAUCAUACAUUACGAUUUGUGGGCUCGAGAGUAUGCUGCAAAUGUCAAGGCUUUAACUCCAGCUCUCGUAUGAACCAACAUCUUGGAUGCAACAGGAUGACGAUCAAUGGUGUUAGGUUGUUCAUUCAAACCAGGAAUAAAUGUUGUAGUAUUUGUCAUUUAAUGGAAAAAUAUUUGGAAUCAA